CCACUAGUGAGUGUACAGUCAUUUAUUAUACAGGAUUAUGCAGCCUCGUAUAUUCUUAACCCUGAUAAUUGUCUUCAGUGUAUUGAUUUUCCUGUCAUUACUCUCCUUAUGUAUCCUACAUCCGUUUAUCUCGUAUCUAAUCACUCGGCAAACUCGUAUUAUCCCCGGAUCUGUUGUCUAUCCAGAAUGGUUACAGCCAUCAAUUCCUGUUUAUAUUCAAUUCUACCUGUUCAAUUUAACAAACCCUGUAGAAUUUCAAGCCGGUGAAAAACCACGUGUAGAACAACUUGGACCAUAUACCUAUCGUGAACGACGUGUCAAAUUCAAUGUUUCCAUGGUGAACGAGUUUAUCAGUUAUCGUGAAAUGAAACAAUAUUAUUUUGAUAAACACUUAUCCAACGGUACAGAAAUGGAUGUUAUUACUGGUGUGAAUUUAGCCUUUGUCACAAUUGCAGAUAAAAUGAAUUCAAUGCCAUUGAUUGUAGACAGAUUGAUUGAAGUGAUAGAGAAGUUUCUUAAGGAUACUUUAAUUGUUAGAAAGACUGUCAGUGAACUACUCUGGGGAUAUGAUGAUGCAUUUCUGACAUUAUUAUCAAAAUUUGGUUUGAAUAUUCCAACAACACGGAUUGGUUUAAUGAUUAAUAUGAAUAAUACAAUCAGUGAUAGUAUUACUAUUGAUAGCGGUUUAAUGCGUAGUGAUAUGGUUGGUCGUAUUGUCAAGUUUCAUGGGAAUGAUACACUCGCUUAUUGGACAACACCGACAGCUAAUAUGAUCAAUGGUACUGAUGGGACAAUAUUUCAUCCAUUUAUUACGCGAGAUGAGAAACCGUACAUCUUUUCAGCAGAUCUAUGUCGUUCCUUACAAUUUUAUGCUGACUCAGUAACUCAAAUGAAUCAGUUGCCGGUGAUUAAAUUUCUUCCAAUGCCCGAUACGUUUAAAUCACCGAAAAGUUAUGAAAAGAAUAGAGGAUUUUGUUUAAAUUGGCCUGAUUGCUAUGGUGAUGGUGUUUUAGAUAUGUCAUCAUGUCAGCCAGGUGCACCAGUGGCAAUGUCUCAACCGCAUUUUUUAAAUAGUGAUAAAUCCUAUCAGGAGGCUGUCGACGGUCUUCAUCCCACUGAUGAAUUCAAUACAGUCAUCUAUGUGGAACCGAAUACCGGUGGUAUAAUAAAAGCUGAAAAAAAGAUGCAAGUUAAUCUUCACGUUAAAAAUAAUCAAAAAUUUGUACAAUUAAAAAAUCUAUCCACUGUCCUACUACCAAUCAUGUUUAUCAAUGAAUCUGUCCAGUUGAAUGACACACUAAUUGAUCAAUUGACCUAUGGAAUAAUUAAGGCACCGAAGAUAGCAAAGAUUAUUUUACUGUGUAUUGUUACAUUUUCAAUACCUGCAUUGUGUUUCAUCCUGUCAGUACAUUUUUAUCAAAAAUAUAGAAAUUCUAAUACUACAUACGUGCAUUUCACUGACGAUCAAACACAGAGAGAACACCAACAAGAGGGUGAAUUGAAUGGACAACUGAUAGCUUCUGAUUAUCCAGAUGGGAGAAAUCAGCAUUCCAAUGAAGAGAAAUACAAUCAGCAGCAGCAGCAACAACAACAACAAAUCGAUGACUGUAACCCAGUCGUUGCUUAAUUGCUUGAUUUGAUUUUCUCUUUUAAAAUGUGUUAAAAUCAGAUGUUAUUGCCACCUCAUAGAUAUUCUCAGUCGACAAACACCCACACACACACACACCUCGUGUUCAGAUGACUAAGCAAAGAUAAUGAGUUUAACCGUGUACGAUGAUGAUGUUGAUGGUUGUGGCCCAAGGAGGCAACAUUUUUCUACGUAACUUUUUAAAUCUUCUUUCUCAUUAACCAUUAUCAUCAUUAUUUAUCUUUUUUAUGAUUGAUGCAACAAUUGUCAAACAUGAAUUGGAUGAAUUGAUCACAUUUUGUUUUGGAGAAGUUUCUCUUAAUAUAUGUGUAAAACUUGG